ACAGUCCCCUGUACACACUACAGCACAAGCAUGGCGAAUAAAUCAGUCUAUGAUUUCUCUGCUGAGACCCUGGAUGGACAGCUGGUUCCGCUCAGUAAGUACAGGGGUAAGGUGCUUCUCAUCGUCAACGUUGCCACCUUCUGAGGGUCAACAAUAGAGGAGUACCACCGACUGAAUGCACUGAUGGAAAUGUUUGGCGACGUCAACUUCACUGUCUUAGCAUUUUCCUGCAACCAAUUUGGUCUUCAGUCACCUGAGGUCAAUCAUGAAACCCUCAAUAUAUUGAAGUAUGUGAGACCUGGUGGUGGAUUUGUGCCAAAGUUUCCUGUCUUUGGCAGGGUCGAGGUGAAUGGAUUAAAUGAAGAGCCUCUUUUUUCCUACCUAAAGGAAUCUUUGUCAUUUGUGAACCCUGUUAUUGGAGACAUGAAGAAAUUCUACUGGUCUCCAAUCAAAGUUAAUGACAUUCGGUGGAACUUUGAGAGGUUUCUAGUUGCUGCAGAUGGCUUACCCUUCAAGAGAUAUGAACUUCACUGUCCCUUUGAGAAAGUGGAGGAGGACAUAGCGAUAUUGCUGUGAGUGACUUUCAUCUACAACACCAGUGACAGUUUGACGAUCCCCCAGUAAAUGCACAUGUGCACCUGAGCUGGAUCUGAUGGAAGAGGAACAGGACUCUGAGCGUCAGUGCAUUCUAUUUGAGAAAAGUUCCCUUCAGCCACUGGAUGAGAUUUCAUGUUGACAUCACAUGUUUCUUCACAAUAUGCAACUGAGAAUAAAUGAAAAACUAUAAAAAAAAUAAAUCAAGUAA